AUGAAUUUAGCAUCAACAACAAUACAAAAACUCAAAUAUUUCUUAUCAGAACAACCUUCAAUUACAUCAUUUCAAUGGAGUCCAAUUGUAUUAGGGUCAACAUGGUCAUUUCUCAUUUUAUCUAUUUCCGCUUUUAUCCUCACCUCCACCACCCUCCACCUCCUCCUCCUCCUUAUACGGCGGCGCCGCCCUAUCCCUCUCGGACCUAUCCCCGCCCUCCAUAGCCUUUCCAUGUCGUUAAUCUCCGCCACUAUUUUCCUCGGAAUGUUAUCCUCCGCUGUCGCGGAGAUCCGUGACACGCGGUGGAUAUGGCGGCGUUCGAAAACGCCGCUCCAAUGGCUACUCUGUUUCCCGAUCGGCACGCGCCCUUCCGGGCGCGUGUUCUUCUGGUCUUAUACUUUUUAUCUCUCUCGUUUCCUUCAUAUUUUUCGCACAUUCUUCGCUAUAAUACGGCGUCGUAAUUUAUCGUUUUUUCAAAUUUUCAAUCACUCUAUUCUCAUUUGUAUGUCGUUUUUAUGGCUUGAAUUUUCACAGUCUUUUCAAGUUAUAGCGAUUUUACUUAUGACUUUAGUUUUCGCUUUGGUCUAUGGGUAUCGAUUUUGGACGGAAAUCGGGCUCAAAAGAGCCCGAUUUCCGUUCGUGAUGAAUUGUCAUUUGGUGUUUUUGGGGUGUAAUUUGGUUUGUCAUGUUGGAGUUCUUUUGUUGCAUUUUUAUAAAGGUGGAUGUAAUGGAAUGGGAGCUUGGUUUUUUAAUUCAAUGCUUAAUGGAUUUUUGCUUUUAGUGUUUUUGAGAUCAUAUGUUAAAACAUACUAUUUGAUUAGAAGAAAUUACUUUAGUGUUGUUGAUUCAUCUAUUUCUGAAGUUGAAGAUUUUGUAAUAACUUCACGGACAAGUAAAAAGGAUUUGAGAGUACGAAGGAAAUGUGAGGAUAUUAUUGAACCUGAUCAGCUCAAUAUGAUUCAUCCUCGAAAAAUAAUAUGAUACCGUGAAUAAAGUUGUUUUAUGGGUUUUAUGUGGUGCGAAUUCAACCGUUGGUGGAUGCAUUGGGAUGCACAAUCUUUUGUUUUGUUAUGUACAUUUUGUUUUUCAUUUCUUCUAUGAUUUUUGGUGCUCUAGCAAGUUGUGUAUAAUUAAAAGAUAUUUUAUUUAUUUUAA